AUGCUUGUCCAGAGACUUGUUCCGAUUUUUGUGGGUUUUACGGCUUUGACAGCCUUAAGUGAAAGCGUCCUGGCCCGCAAAAUGAUCUUCAAGACAGGCGGCAGCAGAUACAACCCGAAAGUAUUCUCCAACUUCACGAUCCAGAUCAUUAAUACUAAACUGAUGAUAGAUACGGUCAUCAUCUCCCCCCUUACGCAAGGUCUGAAGACGCACUUAGGCUUCCAGUUCCGCCUGUCCAAGGACAGGCCCUACCAGAUUAUAUUCCAGCACACCAUUAACUACUGUUCCAUGGUUAAAGUGGAGUCGCUUUAUCGGCGCUGGGUGACGUCCAUGCUCAAGGUGGGAAACUUCUCCUUGAGUUGCCCCAUCGGGAGGGGCUACUACUACCUACACGGCUGGUCGCUGGACGCAAGUCAAGUGCCCUCGUUCUUCUACCUGGGAGACUACCGCAUAUCUGCAACAUUAUUCUACGGGAGGUUCAAGAAGAACGAUGAGAAUCCCCUUCUAGAAUUAUAUAUGGAAGCCGUGCUGACCUAA